AUGGAGGAACAUAAUUUCCAUCGUGAUCUGCUCCAUGAUCUACUGAAAGUGAUGCGAUCGCUGGACGAGUCGCAUGCCAAAGGCCUAUUUGAUUUGCUGCGAGCGGAUUCGUCCGUAGAGCAACUUCGGUCUUACAUUGACAGGACGUUUGAUGAACUCCAGGGCUUCGAUCACAAUGACGAAACCAUCAGUAGUCUUGAACGUCUCCGGGAGAGGCUGGAUGUGCCUAGUGGAGCGCCACCGUCUCGGCCCACGGUUAUGGAUCUUAAUUAUCUGUGUGAUAUAACACCCUUCCGCGUCCCCGCCAAACCCUGGACGACGGUGACGAACGACGACAAUCUAGUGUCCCAUCUAGUAUCCUUGUAUUUCACGUGGGAUUAUCCCUUCUAUGCUUUCGUUGAUCAAAAAGCGUUCAUUCGCCAUAUGACCCUCGGAAACGUCGACUCCGACCUUUGUAGCCCGUUCCUCGUCAACGCUCUUCUCGCAAACGCAUGCUAUUAUUCGCAGUACUCUGAAGCGUACGUGGUGCCGGGGGACGUUGCCAGCAAAGGACGCAAUUUCCUGGCCGAGGCGGAACGAUAUCUCCCAAGCCAUCAACUAGAAAAGGGUGGCGGGAUCCGGCUGGCGUCAUUGCAAGGGGCAUUGCUCCUAUAUGAGAGAUACGCCAUGUCGGGAGAGGACGAUCUCGGCUAUACGAUGCUCAAUCUUGCGAUCGAGAUGGCGGAGGCACUGGGCAUAAUCAACCGGGAGCCGCUCAAUCUCAGCAAAUUGCAGCUGUCCGACGAAAUGAUCACAUCGGUGCAGCGAACGGCGUGGGGGGUGUUCCAGGUCGACACGGUAGUUCAUACCAACUUUUUGAAGCCGAGCCGGGUCUCCAGCGUCAGUCUCGACCGUAUUGACCCGAACGAGACCGGUGCCGGGGAGCUCUGGGUUCCGUAUCCGACCGACAAAAGGCCCCGACAGUCAUGGCUCGGCCAAUAUUUCGAUGAAGCCUGCAAGCUCUCGUAUCUUGCCCGUGAUAUCUCGCGCCACCUCUACCAUGAGACCACCACCGGGACGGAUCAAUUUCGACAGAAACAAGUGUUCUUCAAUAAGCUCCGCCAGUGGGAGCGUGCCCUCCCCGAUAACUUCCAGGUGUUUAAGAGUCCCCCGCCGCAUGUGCUCCUGCUAAGGAUGCGGUAUCAUGUACUCAUUAUUGGCCUGGCGCGGGAUGGCUUCGGCGUCCAGUCAUUCUUCCUGGGGUCCCAGGAGCAACAACGCACAAUGGAUGAAUCCGCCAACGCAAUCAGUCUGGCAUCCGCACGGGAGAUUUCGGCUCUGGCACGGAUUCAUCGGGAGGAAUAUGGUAUGGAGCGCGCCCAUCAGUUCGCUACCUAUGCGAUGAUGCUUGCGCUCUUCACCAUGCUCGACGACCCUUCCUUUGACGUCCUCAGCCACGACUUCCUAUCGCUCACGAGUGCAUUCUCCAUCACAGCCAGUCGGUCCCAAGUGGGCCGUUAUCUGUUCCACAUCUUCCGCCAGUCUGUUCGAUCCCGAAACCAAGAGGAGCGGGUCCUGCAGUCGGACGCAGUCUCAGAUGAGGUGAAGGAGCUCUUUGGACGUCACUCUUGGUCCCAGUUACCGGAUCGAUGGGGCGACUAUGCCGACGGACUCGAACGGUAUCGGGGAAGCUUCUCGAGCGGGUCAUGGAACUACACGGCCUCCGGGGUCCGUGACAUGCUGGAAAAGUACGAACGGCUGAGUCUGGGGAACCGCGACAGUUCCCGCCCGCGUCGGCCGUCCUCGCUCAACGCCGGCUGGGAGCCUUGA